AUGAAAUCAACAUCGUUUGUUGUUAUCCUGCUAACAAAUGCCCUAAUUUCUCUAAGUGCUCAACCAGUGAAGACUGGAAGCAGGCAUCAACUGAUCGGUGUCAUCGAGGAGCUCAAUGAAAAAUUGCAAAUACAAUGGAAUUUAUGGCUGACAACAGAAGUUAAUGAGGAUUUGGAGGAAGUGUUUAGGGCAAUUGAAAUGCCGAAAUUCUUAAUGCUUGCAAAUGCUGCAAUGGGAGAAAGUCAUAUUGCAAGCCAACAUGGCCACAAACUGAUGACAAUAGCUCAGGUGAUUGGCGAAGGGGUACAACAAAGAGAAAGCAACAGAAAGCAGUUGGAGAGCUUGGUCCAAGGCCUGUUGCCCACUUUACAGCAUGGAGAUUUUUUUUGGAUAUAUCAAAAUGCCAGCGAAGAGGAUUUGCUUAGAUUUGCCAACAGCCAUUGGAUGUUGGGAUACAUGAACAGCCUUUACUUUGUCAAUGGCUAUUUGUACUCAUAUGCGCCAGCACCACAGAUCCAAGUGAAACAGCUUGAGAAGGUCAGCGCCUAUUGGCAGCGACCCCCUUUAAGGGACUUUCAACAUUAUCCCUUAACAACUGCAGUUGUACAGCAUCCUCCAGGUUGUUAUCGUUACACAAAUCGCCAUGGUAAGAUUAUUGCCACGGGUACAUACUGGAAGCCUUUGGAAUUAUUCGCCCAGACCUUUAACUUUGAACUCCAAGAGUAUGCCUACAACUCUUUUGAUUAUGAGGCCAUUGUUCAGGCUGUCACAGAGCAGAAAGUAGACAUUGUGCCCCUGGGCUUGUAUGGCUGGGAGAACCUAAAUAGAAGUAGGAUUAUGAGGCACAUGAACUAUUUCCUCAUCGUACCUUCACCGAAACUGCUCAGCAAAGAGUUCUAUUUCUCUCUACCUUUCCGCAAAGAGCUGUGGAUUUUCAAUUAUCUGCUGUUAAUGGGAACAUCGGCUGUCAUAUCCUACAUCGUAUUCCGAGAUAAUCGUCUCAAACGCUUGGACUACCUUAAAACGCUUUUGUACAUUCACAAUUGUUUAUACUUUCAGUGUCAUUUUCAUGUCAAAGUCAAGGGCACAAUCCUUAGAAUCCUGGUUAUAGCCUCAAUUUUCUAUGGCUUCGUUUUGAUUAACUUGUAUCAGGCCAGACUCUCAAGUAUUUUGACCGUUAACAUCUACGAACCGAAAAUCGAAAACCUGGAGGAUUUGAGGUCAACCAAUUUGAACUUUAUGGCAAGUAAAUCGAAUAUAAGGCAUAUGAAGACACUACCUGACGUUCCGGCUAUUAUUUUGGAACGUCUUAAGUUGGCUGACUAUAAUUUUCUUUACAAAGCUAUGCAUGACCUAAACAACUCAUUUGUCCAGGGAGGCCUGGACAGCACACUGAAAUUUGCUCUUUUCCAGCAAAAAUAUCUGUCGAAACCCCUGAUGCACAAGCUCGAUAUCGUCAUCUACCAAACACCGGUCUACUUCACUGUGCGCUAUCAAUUGCCCUAUAUAGAGACGUUCAAUCGAUUUUUGGGUCUUUUAAUGUCAUCGGGUUUGAUAGCGAAAUUCUUAGAUGAAUCAUUGUGGGAAGGGAUUUACAGUGGAGAAAUACGCUUCCUAAGAGAUGAGAAUUCUGCAAAAGGAUGGCUGAAUUGUGAGUAUUUUAAAAGUCCUCUGUUCAUAUGGUCCCAUGGCAUGCUAUUGUCUUUCUUUGUAUUUGUGUGUGAAGUCCUGAUACAUCAGUAUCAAAUACGGCGAGGAAACUAA